AUGUCCGUCACGCAGCUAAAGCAAUGGCUGCACUUGGAUGACCCUUUGAAUGGAGUCAAGGCCACCACGUUACCGGCAGCAUAUUUCAAGUUCCCACCCUCGCCUGAACCAACUGUUCUCCCUCCACCAAUCGACCAUUCCAACCUAGCACACCCUUUCACCAUCCAGCCCGACAUCUACAAUGCGCUGCUAUCUGCGCACGUCCCCAUCACUGUUGCAUUGGUCUACGCCUCUAUCGUCACGCUGCUGAACUCGGUCAAUCGCAACCGCAAGUACAAGCCAUGGGCUGUCAGCAGAACGGGCAUAUUCAAGCUCUUCGUCAUCCUUCACAAUAUCUUCCUCGCAGUCUACUCAGCAUGGACCUUUGUGGGAAUGCUGAACGCAUUGCGCCUGGCUCUGCCAGCAUGGAAAGAGAACACUGGCGUUGCCGAGACACUCGAUGCGUUGUGCAAAUUACAUGGGCCGCGAGGACAUGGUAAUGCUGCGGCCUACAACACGACGACUUCUGCUUGGGGAAUGACCAACCGUGGUUUUCACCUUGCAGCAGAUGGGCUCACGCCAGAGCCGACGGAUGUGGGCAGAAUCUGGAACGAGGGCCUGGCUUUCUAUGGUUGGAUCUUCUACCUGUCAAAAUUCUACGAGGUCAUCGACACCUUUAUUAUUCUUGCAAAGGGGAAGAAAAGCAGUUUCCUCCAGACAUACCAUCACGCUGGAGCUAUGCUGUGCAUGUGGGCUGGUAUUCGUUACAUGUCACCUCCCAUCUGGAUGUUUGUUCUGGUCAACUCGGCCAUUCACGCCAUUAUGUACACCUUCUACCUGAUGUCCACAAUUGGAGUCACCGUCCCGAAAUGGUUCAAACAGUCAUUGACCACCCUGCAAAUCACUCAGUUUGUCAUCGGAGCUAGCUAUGCGUUUGCCCAUCUGUUCGUGGCCUAUCAAAUCCCAGUCAGCGUGCCAUACCUCUACCGUCUCGGAAGCGCAGCUUCUACACUUCUGAACAGUGCUCCAAGUGACGUUUCUUCCGCCGCCUCGGUUGCUGUCUCGACUGCAUCUGCUGGCACUGGCGCUUGGCUGAAGAAAAUAGCUCUCCGAGCCGCUGGUCAUGAAGGUUUGGCCGAAAACGUGCUCAAUGAGCAAGGCCGGCCCUUCGGUAUUGAUGCUGUUCAUAUCGCGGAAGACCUCGUGGCUAAGGAAGAGACUCGGUACAGAGACGAGAUGCAGUGGGUGAAUUGCCUUGACACCAGCGGCCAAGUAUUCGCUAUUCUCCUCAACUGUCUGUACCUUCUUCCUCUAACGUGGCUCUUUGCUCAAUUUUUCAUCACCUCUUACCUGAAGCGUGUGGAGAGGAGACGAAGCAGCACAGCCAGCGAGAUUGCCACAACGGCGCGUCUGAGCCUGAGGGAUGCUUCGAAAGGAGUCGCCCGGAGAUUGAGUGAAGCUGUCGAGGAGAUGCACAGCACAGCAGGGGAUAUUGGAGACGACGCAGUAUUGGUGGAUGGCGACGAGAUCAAGAGAGAACUCAGCGAAGCCAUCCAGCAAGCCAAGAGCCGCAUUGCUCAAGGCACAGCGAAGGCAAAGAAUUCCGCAAGCGGGCCAGAUGCCGAGAAAGUCAAACAAGAAGUUCAACGCGAUCUCGAAAAGGUACGCAAGAAUGUGCAGGGCGCGGCGGACAAAGUGGUCGAGCCUAUGACGGAUAAAGACAAGCAGGAGCAGGUUCAAGCCAAGGCUCAAACUGUCAAAGAUACUGUGGCCGAGGCUGUCGAAGCUGCAGCUGAUAAUGUCAAACCAGCAGCGGAAAAAGUAGUCGAAACCACCAAAUCCGUUUCUAAGAAGGCCAGUGAACAGCUCGGUGGAGGUGACAACUCUGCAAGCAGGAAGGCAGAUACGGCGACUGAGGGUGAGCAAGGAACCCGGAAGACCGCCUCCUCAGCAUCUUCGCCUGAGGAACAGGACUCCCCAAACGAAGAUGGCACCGGCGCCGGAGGGGCGACCGGUGGUCAGGAAGUGGCAUCAAGCUCGGAGGGAAAGACGAAGGACACUAGUGAAACCCCUAGCACGCCCUCAGGGAGCAAGAAGAGGAACAAGAAGAACAAGAAGAAGGCAGAAGACAAAAUAAUCGAUGAGAGUAAAGUUGUCAGGGAUGAGGACGUUGACACCAAGCCAAGUGCGGAUGGCAAUAAGGAGGAUGAAGAGAAGAAGGCUGAUUCAAAUGAGACGCCAAGUGAGGGUGAGGCUGGAGGGGAGGCUGCGAGUGAAGUCAGAGAAGGGACAAGUUUUGCCGAUGCGGUUAAAGAGUGA